GGCUGAGGUGAUGCUGGUGUCUGCUCAGGGCCCUGGCAAAAUCGCCGAGGAUCCGUGGAGGGGGCGCGCGUUGGAUAAGGCAGAAAAGAAUAGUGCAAUUGCAUUGUAGGAACAUAUAAUGUGUAGAAUGCGUUUUUGAGGACCGAGGAGUGGUUGAAGCAAGCAUGGUGGAGGCGGAGGAGAAAGCGGAGAGCAGAGACGGACGUUGAACGGGAUGGAGAGGAAUCGAUCUACCUCCUGAUGCGGGAUUAUGCCUAGUAGUUACCGCUUGGUUAAUUUUGAUGAUGUAACGCAUUUGGAGACUGUUGCUUGUCAGAGGAUGCUUGUUACUAAGGAGGUGGUAUGCAACGGCUGGCAUGGGAAGUGGGCUGCUGAGCAUCGAGCUGUUACGUAGGGAUGGAAAUCUGAUGUUGCCAACGGAAAUGCCGUUGCGGAAAGACACUGGUUUCCCUUGCGAGCACGUGUAACCCCUUGCAUGGCACAGUUCUGGGAGACGGUGUGUGUGGGAUAACCUAACCGCACGCAUCGCCGUGGAAGAGGCCAUACCGCAGAUAGACAUUCGCUCAUACAAACGAGAGAGAGAGAGAGAGAGAGAGAGAGGGAGAGAGAGAGAGAGAGAGAGAGAGAGAGAGAGAGAGAGAGAGAGAGAAAGCUGCACUGUGCAGGUCAUCGAAAACGUGUCCAAGACUCGAGGCGGGUAUUCCAUGGUGUGACCUCGUCAAAGAGGGAAGAAGCAGGGGUAAGAGAGAGGGGGAGCGGGGAGGGAGAGAGGGAGGUAGGGAGGGCGGGUGAGGGAAAAGUGGGGAGAGGUAGGUUGAGAGGUUUAGGGUUUAGAAUGAGACAGAGGUGAGGGCGACCGGUCGGAGAGGGGGAAGCAAGGGCAUGAGGCACUGGCGAUUCUUGAGGCGGUGGAGCGAAGCGACGGAGGCAUGUGCUGCAGAUGGUCUCCUUGAGAGAGGGAAGGGAGACCGGUAGGGGAACGAAAACUGGCUGUCUCGUCGGAUACCGAAGUCGAAGUUUUUUUUUGUUCCCGGCUUUCGGUUCUCAGCAGGGGUAAAGAUGGUGGCGGGUUCAGGAACGACGUGUGCUGGGAUGAUCGUGAAUCUCAGCGAUCGGUCCACGUGGGCUAUGAGGUUUAGGCAGGAGAGGAAGGAUUUAAUUGCAGCAGCAUCGACGGCAGCGGGAGAGGAUGCGGUGCCAGCGGCCAAGAAAGAGAGUGAUGACUCGGCCGGCGCCCACGACGUAAAGAACGGCGACGCGAAGGCAGACGGCAAAGUAAGGGAGGGUAGGAUUACUGAUGAGAAAGGUGGUGUCGGGGAUGAAGUUAAAGCCGAGGCAGUUAGUGAAACGAAAGCAAGUAUCAGAGGAAAGGAUGGAGGACGAGGAGGAGGGGAGGGGCACGGAGAAGAGGGCGGCCGGAAGGCACGAGGGAAACAGGGAGGAAGAGAAGUGGGUGGCGGGGGCGGCGGCGAUGGAGGUCGCCAUGGUGAUGAAGAGGGUGUGCGGGCCACUUCAAACGGGACCGACACUGGUGGCAGUCGGGGUCGGGUCAUCAAAUUAUCUAAAGCGAGGGCAGCUGAUGCAGCCGAAGAUCCGCUCAAGUCUAUGUCUGGGGAAAAGCUGGCAGGGAGGACCGGGCAUCCGACGGAGAGGAGUCCCGACCUUGACAAGGAUGACAGACCAUCGAAGGACGUGGAGGGGAGAAGAUCUACAGCGGGUCAUGAUGUGCGGUCGGCAGGGGAGAGGGAAAGCAAUGCUGUGGGCGGUGGUUAUGUUGCUUCCAAGGUGCGGAACUCUGGCGACGAUCGCACCGCCGGCACGAAAGGAGCGAGUCGAGCAUCCUCUCGCGCAGAUUGGGAGAGUACCCGCCGCCAGGGCGAUGGGGCUGCGGAGCCGGGGCGCAGUCGGCACCAGGGCAGCGGCGGCAAUGUCUUCGACAGAAUUGUGCUGCCGUCAGCGGGCAAGGAUGUCGGCGGGAAGACUGUAUUCGCCCGCCUCGGAUCAGGUGUGGAGUCAGCGAUUCCCGUGAGAGGUGGCAUGGGGGGGGGGGGSGSAKCCSGGSGGGGRGGKGGKGGSGGKGGSGGGGGGGGAGUGGUCCCGCGCAAGUCGAUCAGUCCUUUGGGCGGGAUGGGUGUCAAUAGCAGAGCCGGUAAUUCUUACACCAAAGUGCGUUCCACUUCUCGGGGAGGAAGAGGCGCAGGGGAGAGGAGCGGAGAAGGGCUUGAGAAGAGCAAAGCGCCAAGCGGGUUCGAUAUGAGGGCAGUAGGAUACAACGAGAAGAAAGGCAAGCACUCGUUGCGUUCGGACGAAGACGGCGUGGGUGGAAGAUCUCUCGUAGGACGAGGGGGAGGGGGAGGGGGUGGGGGUGGGGGUAUGUCCUUUUCCAGUGGCUUGACGUAUCCGAACAAGUUGUCGGGCAGUUCUCUGCCCUCCUCUCGCGAAGGAGGACGAAGCCUUCGGGAGCUUGGUCCCUCUUCUCGUUCUCAGACGUGUAAAGGAGGGAAAGGUGACGAUGCUGGAAGAGGCCACUCUGCAGGCGCGCGCUCGAGGUACGGAGCCGAUGGGCGCUCUCUUUCUCUUGGGGGGAGAAAGAAACCGUCUCUCACAGAUUCCUACGAUGAUCUUCAUGUGGGCCUCUCCCGGGAUGUUGAGGGGUAUUACCCCUCAGGCGGCGGAGGGAAGAAGAGAUCGAGGUCGGAGGAGAGACCAACGACGUCCAGGCUAUGGAUGAACAGAGGUGGGGUAGCGAAAGGCCGGACGGCGGCGGUUGUUAAGGUUGCUGGAGGAAGAGAGAAGGACAGGACCUCGAGGGACUGGGAAUCCAGGGAAAGAUCAACGGCUGGCAGCGGUAGAGAUUUAGCACCUUCCGAAAAGUGGCCAGAGAAGAAUACGGCUCGAGGAGCAUGGGGAGGAGGAGCGGGAGGGGAGAAUGUGAGGGAGUCGACGAGAGGCAGCUGGUCGGACAAGCCUUUGGCUUCGAGAGAUUGGGGGGCACCUCCCGCUAGUGCACCCGUGCCUCUGAGGGAGAGAUCGAGGGAUUGGAGCGAGAGGGAGGGAGCAAUUUCACCAAAAUCGAAGAUAAAGGAGGCGGAGAAGCCAGGGGGAGGAAGGGAAAGAGAGAGGGAUUGGAAUGAGCGAUCCUCAACUGCGACUGUCAGAGAGUAUGGCAGCCAAAAAGCGGCGGGCGUCAGCGACUGGUAUGACAAGCCGGGGACGGGCAGCCGCAUGGACGACUGGUCGUCCGAGAAGUCAGCCGCAGUGCCGGGGCGCUUUGCAGAGUGGCAUUCAUCUUCUAGUCGACGUGAGCCCCCAGCUGCAUCCCGAAGCUGGGCAUACCAGGAUUCCCUGAGUCGAGUGGAGUUGCUUGACAACCGCAACUACAACUUCUCUAGUAGCAAAGGGGGAGGAGGAGGAGGAGGAGGAGGAGGAGGAGGAGGAGGAGGAGGGGAUGUGCAUAAUGGAAGCAGAAGCACCCCAAAGAGAAACUGGGAAGACGAGAAACUGGUGGACCGGAAAUUAGCAGAUGAUGAACGUGAGUUAAAUUGGGGAGGCGGGGCUGCGGACGAUUACAGUAGGAAACGAUUCCGCACUGCAGGUGGACUCAGUGGAGGAUCCGACCAUCGUGGAGAGGUUGCCGAAAACAGGAGAUUUGUGAAAUCCAACAAUCAGUGUGCUGGGCUAAACACGCUAUCAGGGAGAGCUGACCACGAGGAUCCAUACCUCGACGAUUCACACAGUGGACUCCCAGGUUCACGGCGACAGAAUGAUCACACCAGGGUAUCUAUUUUGCCUGUGACUGGGAUAAGCAGAGGCAGGGACUUGUCCUAUGAUUCUCAUGGGAAGAUUGCGCCCACAGGUAUUAUGAUGUCUGAGACUGAACUGCGCAGAAAGGCAGUAGAGGUUGCUGCUGUCCGUGCUGAGGUUAUCGCUAAAGAGGCAAUGCGGGCUGCUGAAGAAGCAAGGGCAGUAGCAGCUGCAGAAAGAGCGGCGGCUGCAGAACGGGCGUUGGCAGCUGAGAAGGCAGCAGCUGAGAGGGCAGCCGCUAGAGAAAGGGCUGAGAGAGCGGAGAGAGCAGAGAGAGCAGAGAGAGCAGAGAGGGCAAUUGCUGCAGAGAGAGCAGCUGCGACAGAGAGACUCCUCCAGAAUAGACAGGGCAGCUUUAUGGACUCAGGUCACACAGCUCAGGGACUAUACCGGCAAGAUGACUUGCGGAGAUACGAUGCCGUCUAUUCUCAUAGUGUUCAGCACUACAGUGGGGACACCUUUCUGGGAGACCGGGGCUUGGGAAGAAAGCUGCCACCUAUGGCAGAGCGGAAUUGGUUGCCCCAGUAUCCUGGUUCCCACCCUGGUGGGCCGGGCUAUUGAUUGUUGGAUAUCUUGCAUGCAGGGUAUGAGAUCAGAGAACAUUCUUGUUAUCUUCAGGUGCCACUUCUGCAAAAUGUCAAGGGGAGUAAAAUUGUGCAUGGCCAGGACAAUCAUCUUUGAGUGCCUGGAUGUAUGUUUGUCACAGUGGGCAAGCCUGCCAGUAAGUGAUAGUGACAAGGUCGGCGGGUUGGAGGCACGGAAAUGUGCUUGUCUUUUGGGGGAGAGAGAGAGAGAGAGAGAGAGAGAGAGAGAGAGAGAGAGAGAGUUAAGGUCACUGAAUGGCUGUAGUGACCUCAUGCCUUGAGGCUGACAGAGCAAUGGCAAAGGGCAAUGUGAUUGGGCAAGCUGGUAAUGUGCAGGGAUUGUAUUUCGUGCUCUUUUCAGAGCAAAGGGAGAUCACAUGCAUGAGGAGCAAUCAGAAGUCCACGUUGCAGGGCGUGGUGGACGAUGGUGAGGUGAGGAAAUGUGCUGUCAUGGCGCACCGGAGUUGGCUUAUCUUUAACCUCCUACUAGUUGAGUGAAGCUAGUGUGUUUACUGGGACAUAACAGCGGGCCGGAGAGAACCCUUACACAGACUAAUGUGCAUCAUGCAUGGCAAGAGGAGAAGGAUUGGGCCUGGGGAGCGGCUGAUGGGAGUUCUUGGAAGGACACCUUGCCGGCACAGCAUUCCAUUCUAGAUCUGGAGCUAAGUACAUUCACCAAUCAGAUCAGAUGUGCUGCACUUGUCUGACAGGGAAAGUCUUUCGCAGAUCACAAGGUUUUCUGAGGUAUGUUGGUAUCAAGGACGUCUGUAGUUCUGCAUCAAAGCUUUUCCGUCUACAUAUGGAGUGCAACUGGGGAGUCUGUUUUAAGCAGAGACAUGUUUCUCCAAGAUAUUGUGCAAGAACUGCGAUGAUGGGAUUGACUCACUGCUCCUGAACUGUAAAGCUACUGACGUGUGACCAGUAAACAUUGGUGCAAAGAAGCAUUGGCUGAAGCAGGGUUUCCUUCGGUCUAGAUGCUGCAAAUCUUGAGCUUUUCUGCUAAAGAUGCCAUCGAUACUUUUCUUCCAUGGCAGUCGUGGUGCAUGUGAGGAAGGUGAGCAUUCAGGGGUCACAACGAUUACAAGCAAUAAUGUGUGAAGGUGGUGAGAUACCCUGGGCUUAUGCUCGUCCUUCUUGCACAUCUUCUGCAUCCCUGACUCUUGCCCCAGAUCAAGCUGUGAGAUUAUCCCAUUCUAGCAUCAUGGCAGGCAUUCAAAUCAAGCUGUGAGAUUAUCCCAUUCUAGCAUCAUGGCAGGCAUUCAAGUCAGUUUGGCGGGGCCUUAUGCUCGUCCUUCUUGCACAUCUUCUGCAUCUUUGGCUCUUGUCUCGGAUCAAGCUGUGAGAUUAUCUCAUUCUAGCAUCAUGGCAGGCAUUCAAGUCAGUUUGGCGGGGCUGAUGCUCGUCCUUCUUGCACAUCUUCUGCAUCUUUGGCUCGUCCCAGAUCAAGCUGUGAGAUCAUCCCAUUCUAGCAUCAUGGCAGGCAUUCAAGUCAUUUUUGGCAGACUCCAUGAAGGUCGGAACAAUUCGGGUUCUGGAUAGAUACUGUGGCCAUUGCUUGGAGGCUGAUGUUAUUCGGGAUGCGUGUAUUGUUUUACACAAUGGCCAGGUUUUUCUUGAAUCUGCAGCUUCCCUGGGGAGGUCGUCCACCAGCGCACGAGAAGAUUCGUGUAUGUGUGUGUGUGUGUGUGUAUGUGUGUGGAUACAGGAGGUUGAGUGUAGGAAAGAGGCAUUGAGCAAAAGGGGGCUAGUAUGCCUGGUUUUGGGGGGGGAGGGGAGGAGGGGGGGUGCGGUCAGAGAGUAGCUCAUGAACAAAUCAUUUGCAGGCUUGUCAUCGGAAGUUGUCCUCUGCUGGUCUCCAACCUAUAUGGAAGGACAUGUUUGGCAACUUGCUUUGCAAAAUGAGCAGCAGGGCAUGUGCGCAAUGCAUUCGAGUUAUCGAAGUGCUUUUGAGAGCUCUCUAUGGGCUGGGUGUUAUAAGGUUAUCUAGGCUGGUGUGAAUUCUGGCCGAUGCAGUGAGAAGUUGGUUGUUUCGCUGCUGGAUUGUUAAUGUGCACGUGAAUCGUUUUGACCUGUUAAUCGAACUUUGACGCGGCUCCACACCCUGUAUGUUGUAUGACUCAGCGAGUAAGGGCAGUGAGGAGGGGUGGGGGUGGGGGGCGCUCGAUGGCACCAGGAGAGGGGGACUCGGGGGGGGGGGGGGGGGGAGGGUGCAGGGGUUCAAGAGGGUCCCUAUUUUGGAAAGCAUGGGUGUGAAGUUGACAAAAUUUAUGGUAUAUCUUUGAAUGUCAACCGCUGACGUAUUGUUCCCUGUUUUCCAAGAAUGAGACUGAGCAACAUGUUACUUGUUGUGCUUCCGAAGCUGCACCUUCUGGUCUAUUUCUGCUCAUGACUGUCAAGUUUGAACCAACCUCAGACAGCCCUACCCUGUCCUUCCUAUGCUCUGUCUUCCUGCUUUUUCAUUUCUCUUCGACUCUCUGGCUCCCGCGCUCCCCAGUAUCUUUCUCUCUCUCCGUCCCUCUUCCACGCUUUUGCUUCCCUUUUGUUUCUUUUUCUCUUUCUUCCCUCUCUAUCCUUUGAUUGAUUGCGUCUCCCCUGUUUCUGAGCGGAGGUCUAUUUUUUCUGCCACUGCCCCUGUUUCGUCGUGGAGGACGUUAUCUGGAGGUCUUCAUCUGUUCAACGAGCAAUGGCACCCAGGAUGCUUGUCCAUUGAAGAGCACAGGUGGAUGAAGGUUCUUUCAUGAUGGAUGCUGUUCGAUUUUAAACCAGGCAUCCUGAAAUAUCCUGUUUUCAGUCCAGACUCCAGACAGAUUCAGGAGGUGCUUAGGAACACACAUGAUUGUGUUCAUCGGUGACUAUGAGGUCUGAGGUCUGGUGCGCUGUUACCCUCCACUCCUAUUUCGCUGGCAUUGCCUAUCGUUGUAAUCCCCAUUUCCUAAUUUAUAUGCACAUCUCAUCUUUCGGUUGCCAGGCAGAUGAAACACUUCCAGAUGAUGCCAUCUGAUUCUACCAUGUUCGUCCACAUUCUAUCUUCGUGGUAUCACACCCAGGACUUUGGUUGUGGCAUGGACUCUCGAUUUCAUAGUUGUGGAAUGCAGGAAGACACCAUUGUUGACGGUUGGUCUUCAUCAAUCGUCAGUUAGGUAGGCUGUGACAUGUCUUCUUGCUGAUCCAGAUUGUUGCAGUGGUGGCCUAUGUGGAAAGUCGAUAUAGAAUUAGAAUGUGUGGUAAUAACAAUCCUAGAUCCAAGUGUGGCAUGAUUGUGGAGUAAAUUGUAGCCUUGGCGGGAGGGGUAGCAGGAGGACAUGAAGCGAUGUUGUUGACGAAGAGCAGGUUGUGGAGCCCCAGCACGGUUUUGUGGGUCGCUCUCCGGAAUAGGAAUAUUGAUGCAGGGACAAGAGUAGCAAAUGAGUUUCUCUGUUCUCAGUCUCUGAUCUCUCAAGUCUGAAGUCAGAGAAGUUCCAGGUCUGUUGAGGCUGUGAGAACACUAGAGAAUACUCAGGUGGACAUGCCCUGUGGUUCUCAGAAUUACUAGCCAGGAGAUCAUAUUGCUUAGCCUGCAGAUGUCUUGUUCUCCUGAUUAGGGAGAAAGCUCCCUAUGUGGACACAGACAGUUAUAGCAGCAAACUUCCCCCUUGGGAGUGUCUGUGGUGGCAGGCAUUUCGUACCGAUAAUGAUCACUGGUUUUGCCGGGUUGAUUGGCAUUUGGUUUCUCUUUUUCAUGGUAAGAAAGUUUUCAUAGCUGAGGAGUACGGUUCUGCAGAGCAUGCUAAAGGAUAGAAAAGAGUCGAGAAGCACCCAAGAAGUUCCAGAGUGAACAAGUGCAGACCGAAGCUGAAGGUCUGGAUGGUUUAAUGUCCACGACCUGGAGACGAGGUUGGUCUGGAUUGGAGUUGACAUUCGGAUGUUGUUUGGAAGUGGUCCAUGUGCACUGCACUACAUAGAGUUGGUCAGGCUUGAACAUACCAAGAGACAAUGCACCCGGAAAGUUGGCGCACACUUAGACAACUGGAACACAUUUUGAGCAGGUAUGGUCCGGUAUCGAGUUGGCACUCUGCCAGGGGGCUGCCCUGGUUCAUGUUCACGAAGUUGAGACCAGAAAAGAAGGUGCCCAGAGAAAAUGCGCAUGGAUUAUGGUCAGCUCUCCUUCAAGCACGGGACAACUACUGCUGGAGGUGCGAUGUAACCACUUUUUGUGAACAGGGAAUCAUCCCUACCUUAUGUGCAUUGUGCUUCAGAAUUCAGUCAAACAGAUCAUCAUGAUGAUCGGACGGUGAACACAGGUGGUAGGACAUGUCCACUCUCUGUUGGAUUUCUCAAAGUUGGUGAUUGUCUGACUGAUGCUAAGGUCCUUCACAGACAGUGGGGUAUCUCUUUCCCUGAAGUGGCUGAUCAAGGUCAUUGUCGGCAAGCCAGCGAAGCCUGGAGUCUGGAAAGGUUGUGUUUAUGUAUGUGGAUUGAUUCUUUGUCUAGCAUUUCACUAAUAAAAAAGGGUGACAAAAUUGGCGAAAUGGAAUUCGGUGAGCACCUGAAUAACUUGUCCAAGAUGCAUACCAGAUCUGUUCUUGUGGUUUGGUUUGUUAUGGUUACUUUCCUGAGAAUCGUAAUGUUCUUCGGUGCACGCUUGCCUGACCGGUCUGUAUCUUGGGGCCCAUGAUCUGCUGGAAUAUUAUGAUAUUGUGCUAGUGCAUCCUUCCUUGGGGGAAAUAAGUACAUGAUAUUGGAAGAGACAGAUGGCCUGUCUGGAAGGAGGCAUCAUUGUUGAGUGAAGGGCAGGUCUUCUUCCCAGUAUGUGUGCUGUGCAUACUCUUGGGAUGCUGGAGAGUGUUGGUCUCCCGCUCCUCUGUCUUGCAGGUCUUUCCUUCUCGCGCCAGUAGGGAAGCGGGCCGGGGGGGGGGGGAGGUCGCUUAAGGCUCUGUGAAGGACUGGCAGAUUGUGUCCACAUAGAAUUUGUGAAUAUGUCCAUGUACAGCUCGUAACCAGGCCAUCGGAGAGGCCCUAGCAUGGGAUUUUGACAUAAGGACGUCAACCGUUAAGGAUGGGCUAAUUUGGUUUAGGGUUUACUAAGCUUAACAUUCC